AUCUAAUCUUUUUCUUGUAAGUAAUAAUUAAUAUUCCUCAGCCGCCAUGAAACCUAUAUUCUUCUUGAUCAAUUCACUCUAAAAUCAUUUCACUUUUCCACAAAUCACCAAAACCAAUUCUCUCUCCCUCUCCCUCUCCCUCUCACUUUUAGUAAUUAAAACCAUGAUCGAUUCUUCAAGAUUUUCAUACAUGAAAUUCAACUUAUUCUCCACCAUCACUCUCGCAUCCAUAAUCCUAAUCAUAAUCUUCUCCGACACCAUCUUCUCGAGCGCUCCAAUCCACCAAAACUCCUUUGAGAAUGUUCCUAAUCUGCUGCAAACGCAUCAAGCCGCAGCAGGAGUGCUCAAAAUCACAGAAGCAGAUUCCACGCCCAAGAUUCUCACUUGGCCUAAUCAGAUGAGAAUCUUCUCGGAAUCUGAUCCGACAAGAAGAUUCCAUUCAAGAGUUACAGAAUUCUUCCGCACAAAUCACUGCAAAGUUCAAGCAUUCAUGACGUGGAUCUCCCCUCUUGGUUCGUACGGAAAAAGAGAGUUUUUGGGGCUGGAAACCUUGUUCCAAACAAACCCCUCCAUUUGUCUGAUCAUCCUGUCCGAAACCAUGGAUUCGGAUCACGGUCUCAAGAUUCUCGAGCCCUUGCUCGAACGUGGUUUUCACGUUCGAGCAAUGGCUCCGGACUUGUGGGAUUUGAUCAAGGACACCCCUGCUGAGAUUUGGUUCAAUGACAUAAAGAAAGGGAUCAAGAAUCCUGGUGAGAUUCCCCUCCCACAGAAUCUAUCUAAUUUGAUUAGGCUUGCAGUUUUGUACAAGUAUGGAGGCAUCUAUUUGGACACAGAUUUCAUAAUCUUGAAGAAUUUGGAAGGUUUAAGGAAUUCAAUUGGUGCACAGAGUGUUGACCUGUUUGGGAAUUGGACAAGGUUGAAUAAUGCAAUUCUUGUAUUUGAUAGAAAUCAUCCAAUUCUUUAUAAAUUCUUGGAGGAAUUUGCUUCAACUUUUGAUGGGAAUGUAUGGGGUCAUAAUGGUCCAUAUUUGGUCUCAAGAGUGGUUGAGAAAUUGGCUAAAACAGAUGAGUUAGAUCAUAACGUCACAAUCUUGCCUCCCGUUGCCUUCUACCCCGUCUCGUGGGGGAAGGUGGCCGGGUUUUUCGCGAGGCCUAGUGGCAGAGUGGGUGAGAGAUGGGUCAGGGCGAAGAUCCGGCAAUUAACCAGGUCAACUUAUGGGGUGCACUUGUGGAAUAGCCAGAGUAGUGGUGUAGAGAUUGAAGAAGGGAGCAUUAUUGAGAGAUUGAUUUCUGAUCAUUGUGUUGUAUGCAGCAAGCCUACAUUUUGGACUUCAUGAAGAGCCAAAUCUAGCUACUACAUUAGUUUCCAUGGCAACCAAAUGUGAAGAAUUCUGAUUAAUAUUUAUGGGUAUAAUCCAAUCUUUUUUUAGUACAUUUUUGUAAAUUUCUAAGCUAAUUUGUUUUCCAGCAGUAUAUAUAAUAGAAAUCUUGUCUCUUUUCUA